AAACAAUGAAGUUGACUUCAGCUUCACCACGAUUGAUGUCCAAGAAACUGAAAUCGCCACAAAGCACCUUGAGACUAUCAAUGAUGGAUUGUUUUUUGAUUCGGAUAUUCAGAAAGAUACAGAGAGUGGGAUAAGUGUGAUUCGUACUUCAGAUCAACAUAGUGACGACCUUGAGUUUCUACCAGAAGUCCAAAACUAUGUAGAAAUAGACUCUGGCAACGUAAUAAACAUAUCUGAAAAC